UUGUUUCAAUGACUGCCCUUGACUCUGACCUUUGAACAGCACGAUGAAUGAGCAAAGCUCAGUGUUAUUUAAUCAUAGGGACAUAAACAGCCGAAGAUGUAGUAAUUUAAACUUUGAAAUUAUUGAAGGAUCAUGUCAAUUGACCAACGGGCGUGGUCUUAUCUUUUAUCGAAAUAUAAUUGUUGCUAUGAAAUGACCUAUUUCCGAAAUUAGCCUAUAAUUUCAAUAGGUUUGAUAUCGCAACUAUAGAUAUAGGGAAACUUUAGCCUAAUAUUGUAGCGAUUUACCGCAAAUGUUAUACUUCAUUACUUCGUUUCUUCCGAGUUUACCUGGAUGGCUGACGCUGGACGCAAACCCUCUGGACAGUUUACUCCAAGGUGAGAUUUGUGUAUUGUUUCAGGCUACUCCAGGUAGGUCGGCGCUAGGCCUGAUCCUUUCUUGGUUUAUACCGAAUGCCCUUUUGCAGGUUACCACUCGUGCUGUAGCCUACUUUUAUUUUAAGAACCAUACUGUUGAAUAGGUCCAUUUUGGCGAUGUCAGGUGAUCAAAUAUUUUUGUAAUAUACAGGACUUGUCUGCGCAUGUGGGAUCUCUGUCCUCUGUAACCUGAUGAGAGUACACUUAUUCUUAAAGACUGAAAGGUGAGAAACGUAUACACCAAUGGUAAUGGAUUUGAUUCCACAUGUGUCUCAAUAACAAGUGUAUAAUAAUACCUAUGUAGUUACAUAGGCAGCCUUAGUGUAUAGGUUAGGCUAUAUUGUUAGCUGUUAUACUUGUUUCACACAUUAACAUUUUAUAUCCAUUUGAUAAGUAAACAAACUCAAAUUGAUUGUUGCUAAACCUCCUCUUGCCCUAGAAUUAUCAUCUGAAUGCAAUUACCAUUUCAUAGAUAGGGAGGGACUCUUAAAAAAAACACUUGAGAAGUGGACCAAAGCAUAUCCAAUAUGUGGAUGUGGAUAACUGACCUUUUGCCUACUAACCUUAGGACUCUUGAUGUACAGUUUACUAAUUUAUGCUAUUGAAUAACAUGCUUGUAUUCGUCACUAUGAAAAAAGACUGUGAUGCGAUUUACAUUGGCAACAGUAAUCAAUGUAUCCUGAGAAAUCAUUGUUUUGUAUUUCACUGCCUUGAAAUGUAUAGUCUCUCAAGUUACUCUCUCUACUCAGUUCAAACAAUGAAGGCAGCAGUAAAGAGACAUCUAUGCAGAAGACACCAAGGCAUCAAACCAGUACUAAAAUUGGGCUAAGUGGAGCUCUCCAGUUCUUGUUCCUGUCGGUGAUCCUGGCUGUAGUGGGCUCUCGGGUUGCCUCCCUGGUGGUUCUAGAGUUCUCCCUCAGAGCAGUGUCAGCUUGGGUCACAGCUGGACCAGUGAGCAUUAUAAUAGCAUAAAUGUCACUAAGAAUUACAUGAAAAGCUCUCUCACAUUCAUCAGCCUUGAUUCAUCUCUCCUCUUAAUUAAUUUAUCUCCUUCUCUCUGAAUCUGCAGGAGUCCAGUAGGUUCCUACAGCAGCUGCUGGUCCAAUGUCAGUUCUCCUUGGGCUGUGCUCUCAGCUGCAGUCUCCAUUUCCUCCACGAGGGUGCGCCACAGCGCUGGCUCUGCCUGCUCAUCACUGCAGGACUGAGCUGGUUCCUGGCCAGCCAGACUGGGCACCUACGGCUCCAUGUCAUGGCACUGUACAGACUACACAGUUCCCAGCGCUACUGUGGAGUGUGCAUGACACUGCUAACAUCAGGUUGCUCUCUGUUACCGUGCCUGACCAGGGCCCUUAUGCUCACCUUUGCAGUGGCUGCCAUUGCCGCCCUAUCUACAAUCAAUAAACACUUCCUCUCAGCUACAGAGGCCCUCAGGUUCUGGACUCCACUGACAAUCUGCUACACACUACUGGUGGUGUAUAUGCAGGGUGAGAGACUGAACAUACAAUAGCCUGCAUGGGCAAACGUUUAAUCAGCAGAAUGUCAGAGACUAUUUAGGUAUUUUGUACAUAGCAGAGAGCAAGUAAAGGACAAGCAUAUUGUUGUCAUUCUCAUUGAGAAAUCUGAUGAGAAUUAUUUUCUACUCAGAGGAGCAACAUCGCCAGCCAAGUGGCCAGGCUGUUAUAAACACAGUGGUGGUGCGUCUGGGAGGGCUCAUGGUCCUGAUGCUGAUUGUCGGCCGCUGGGCAGAUGUGCUCCACAUCCUUCUGUGCUUCCUGGGUGAGGCUGGCUGUCUGAUACCCUCCAGAGACCUGUUGGAUGCUACAACACAGGUGAGAAUGAGUGUCCCUCAAUUGACCGUGCUAUUCCAGCUUGCUGUACAUUUAUCAAUCGAUCUAAAUAUUUCUGUCAUUUCAAUGUAUCUUACAUAAUAGAAAUGUGUGUUUGUAUGCAGGAUAUGGAGGAAGUUCCCAUACAUUCCCAGGGGAGUGAGAACCAGGGGGAGAUGCCUGACUCCUGGAAAAGACCACCAGAGUUAGGCUAAUCGACAUGGGGAAGAAACUAUUUGUGCUGGGACUCUUUCUUAGAGCAUCAGUCUUAGAUUAUAUUUUGUAUUAUUAUUGAUUAUUGACAACAGUGUUUACUUUUAUACCAUGGGAGUAUUUAAUGAAAAAUCUAUUAUGACACAUCACCUAACCUUUUUAAUAAGGUACCUUGCAAUAAUGUUAUUUUCAAUCCAUGCAGAGCUCUUGGGAGAUAUGGAUGAUGCUCUUGCCAUAAGAAAAGCACACUCAAUUGUGGCAGUGACUGCUACUCUUUCACACAAUUCCUUGGCCACAACAAGUCUCUUUGUUCUCAAAUGUCACUGCCAUUAAAUUGAGCCUAAAUAUGUUCAUUUUGGACCUUAGCAGCCCUGAACUAAUGUAACAAAUGCUGCUAUAGUGUACAACAUUGGUUACACAUUUUAUUACAGGCUACAUCAUCUGAUGUAACAGUAUCAGCUGCUGUAACGGUAUCAAUUGACACCAAAGAUGUGAUCAUAAUCUCCUGAACACAGGAUGUUGAUGGCGUGCAAAUUCUUCCACUUUCUUUGGUUAGAUUGUAUUUCAUCACAGGCAGGCUCAUGUCAUAUGGUAUAUUGAUGUGAACCAUGUCCGACUCAUCUUGAAAAGAAAUUUACACAAAAUGGCUGAAGCAUAAUAAUGUUGGCACUUGUAAAUCAGACAAAAUGGCGUUAUUCAAACUGGGUUUGCGGGCUAUUUUCAGAAAAGACGAACAAACCAAUCAUAACUCGCUACAUUGAAAAUGUCAAAUCGUUUGAAUUCUGCCUCUCUUUUAAUUGAGUGUCGACAUACACUAAAGUAUGUGUGUGUUAAUAAAUUGACAAUAAUUAGAUCGAAUAUAAACAUUAAAAUGUAAAUUAAACCUCCCACGAAAAGCCUAUUCGG